AUGUCUGAGAGUGUGAAUUUUCAAAGUGCUUGUUCUCAAAGUGUGAUUUCGUCUUCGAGGAACAACAAUGGUGUUCUUUGCCAUUGUAAAUGUGAAGCUCCCAUUGUGAGGGCUUGGACUCGGGAAAACCCAGGUCGCAGAUUCUAUGGUUGCAGAGGUUUUGGAGUUGGGAAUGGGCAUGAGUCUUGUAACUUCUUUCGCUGGUAUGAUGUGGAGAAACCACAUGGAUGGCAAUAUCUUGCCUUACAGGAGGCGAGAGAAAUAAUGCAGGAGCAGAAAGAAGAGAUUGCAAAUCUGAGGGCCAAGGUAAGAUCAUUAACUCAUGAAUGCUCCAACGAAUUUUCAAGGGAACUAGAAGAUGAAAUGAAGGAGAAAGGUGAAGAAUGUGAAGCUCUCAAAAGGGAAGUGUUGAUUCUAAGUGAGAGGAGCUCUAUGCUUCGUAAUGCUCUUGUUGCUUCAUAUGUUGGAUUUGGUGUGGUUGUUGGAGGGAUAAUGGUGAUGUCGAGGUGGUGA